UGUUCCUUUAAAACCAGACAGCCCACGCCUCGAAAAGCGGCUUGUUCCGGCUUGCCCCUUUACAUCUUUUUUAUCCUUGCUCGCUAUUAAAAUAGUGCCCUGCGCUGCUCCUCUGACAAUUACCUACAAGCCAUUUUUGUUAAAUCGUCGGAUCGAGCUAACAAAACCGCGUCACCGGGGCCGAAGUAUGGAUGAUGCGUAGCCGUGCAGCAGCUCUCUGCCUGUGCAUCCCGGUGGUGAGUGCGAGGCGCAGUUCAGGCACCAUCACCGGCGGAGCGAUACAACCAUCUCCUCUCAGCCCCGGUUUGUCAAGCUGAGGGUGUGUGGCUCGCUGUACCUGAGUUGAACGUGUCCAUCACGUACUAAAGGGGGGCAGAGGAUCAAAACUGGACCAAGGGACCUGUGUCUAAUGCUCUGAGAUGCAGUGCCAAAUCGCUCUCGCCUCAAGAACUGUCUCCCUGGGCUGGCUGCUGCGGUUGUUUUGCAUCUGAUGAAGAUUGUUUUUUUUAUUAUCAUUAUUUUGAUGCGCUCCUGUGGAUGUCUAUGAAUAUGUUUAUCCUGGUGCUCUGGUAUAGUGCGUGAGUCACCGUCGGCGAGCAGGUGCUGUUGUCGGGGCUCGUUGACAUGCAUUCCCCCUGAGCUUGGCGACGCCUCCCUCAGUGGUGUGGUGGCAGAAUGCCAGUGCAGGCAGCCCAGUGGACAGAGUUCCUGUCCUGUCCCAUCUGCUACAAUGAGUUUGACAGCAGCGGCCACCAGCCCAUCAGCCUGGGCUGCUCCCACACGGUGUGUAAGACCUGCCUACACAAACUGCACCGCAAAGCCUGCCCCUUUGAUCAGACACCAAUCAGCACGGAUAUCGACAUGCUGCCGGUCAACUGUGCCCUGCUGCAGCUGGUUGGAGCUCAGGUUCCAGAUGUGCAGCCCGUGAGCCUGAGUAGUGCGGCAGAGGUGGAGCACUAUGAGGUCUGCAGGGUGUGUGUAGAAGAGCUGGCUCUCUUCUUAAAACCUAUCAGCGGAGCAAAAGAAGCUCCACAGAUACACUCUUUUACCACAGAGCUAUCACCUACUGCAGGGGUGGCGACCCUGAGUCCGAGCGUGCUCAGUCGGCCCAUGCAGAGGAAGCUGGUGACCUUGGUGAACUGCCAGCUGGUGGAGGAGGAGGGCCGUGUGCGGGCGGUGCGGGCGGGCCGGUCGCUGGGGGAACGAACGGUAACAGAGCUCAUUCUGCAGCACCAGAACCCCCAGCAGCUCUCUGCCAACCUCUGGGCAGCUGUGAGGGCGCGUGGAUGCCAGUUCCUGGGACCUGCUAUGCAAGAAGAUGCACUGAAGCUGGUUUUACUGGCUCUGGAGGACGGCUCAGCUCUGUCCAGGAAGGUGUUGGUUUUGUUUGUAGUGCAGAAGCUUGAGGCUCGGUUCCCCCAGGCCUCCAAAACCAGCAUAGGCCACGUGGUGCAGCUGCUCUACAGGGCCUCCUGCUUCAAGGUGACUAAGCGUGAUGAGGACUCUUCGCUGAUGCAGCUGAAGGAAGAGUUUCGCACAUAUGAGGCUCUCAGGAGAGAACACGAUGCCCAGAUUGUCCACAUCGCCAUGGAGGCGGGCUUACGGAUCUCACCUGAGCAGUGGUCUUCUCUGCUGUACGGAGACCUGGUCCACAAGUCACAUAUGCAGUCCAUCAUUGAUAAGUUGCAGUCUCCAGAGUCGUUUGCAAAGAGCGUUCAGGAGCUGACAAUCGUCCUGCAGAGGACAGGAGACCCGGCCAACCUCACAAGCCUUAGACCGCACCUGGAACUACUAGCCAACAUAGACCACAAUCCAGAUGCCCCAGCGCCAUCAUGGGAGGAGCUGGAAAGUGUGAUGCUGGCUGUGAAGUUGGUGGUUCAUGGACUGGUGGAAUUCAUACAGAACUUCAGCAAGAAGAGCCACGACACUCCUCAGCCUCAGGCCAACAGCAAGUAUAAGACCAGCAUGUGCCGAGACCUUCGUCAGCAGGGAGGCUGUCCCCGAGGAACCAACUGUACAUUCGCACACACACAGGAUGAGCUGGAGAAAUUUAGACUGAGGAACAAGAAGAGCAGCAGUGUGGGCCGGGCGUUUCCAUUAGCACCCGGGGUCAUGGGCAAAACCUUCACCAUGGAGGGCAGCAUCCACACAGAUGUGUCUGCAGGGGUGGGGCAGGGGCUCAAAGGCACAGGGGAGAACGGAGCCUCCAUGACGGAGGGAGUUCCUGGCCUGACUCACCCCCAGCUUAUCUCCAGAGGGGCUGACAUGAUAGAGGAAAUGAAGAGAGCGGUGCCAAAUGGAUCCAGUGGGGCUAAUGGGUCCAACGGGCUAUCUGGCGCCAGCAGAACUGCGUCAGGGUCAAUAGAACAGAAGCCCAUCUCUCCUCCCAGGACUCCAGUCAGCCACUCCUCAGCGUCGUCUCCCUUGACCACAGUUGGACGGGGCGAUAGUGGUGCUCCUAUACCCAAACAUGGCGGGUUCAUGCUGCGUGCACCACAUCCUUCACAGGCAUCCGAGCUGUACUAUCAGGAUGCCCACUCUGCUUAUGACACAGGCCAUUAUCAACCAACCUGUUCUUACUACCCAUCUACUCUUCAUCCUCCUCACAAACCAUGCAUGGCUCGCUUCCUCCGAUCGUCCAACGUCCCAGAAUCCUCGCUGCCACCCUCCAUCGGCCCUCCACCAACUUCCUACCCCAGUGAUCCUCAGACGCCACACCCACCUUCGUCCUCUUCCUCUGGGUACCCACCACACCCACCUAGAGAUCGGAUGGGUCCUGCCUUCCAUCCCCACCCGGGGCAGCCUCAGUAUGGGCCCCUGGCUCCUGCUCAUGGGGUUUAUGCUCCCCUGUAUGACAGCAGGAGAGUAUGGAGGCCUCAGCUGUACCACAGAGAGGAUGCCCGGAGUAACUCACUGCCUCCAGAGGUGCUGCACUCCUCUGUCUACCAGCCUCCACUCAGGGAGAGAUUCAACUCUCUAGACAGCAACUACUGCUCUGGAGCUGAACACCGUGCAGGGCUACACAGGGAUUACGGUCGUGUUCCUCUGGGCUACGAGGAUCUGUUCAGAAGGAAGCAGGAACAGUGGGCUCAUCACCACCACCAUCACAACACCAACAGACCCUCACAGUCCUCCCCCAUCUUCACCAUCGAUUUUGGAACGGAGCAUGUGGAGAGCAGCGGAGGUCAGUGUGUGGGUUGCAGGUUCAGAGGCGAGGAAAGUUUAGCUCACUACUCUCCGUGGUCUUGUGGUACCAUCGGCCCCUGCCUCAGCCCCUUUGAGCCCGAAACGCUCACCCACACCUCGGCUCACUCCUGCUCAGAUCACUCGGAGUUAGACAGUAAUGGAGGCGGGGGUGGUGGCGUCAGCAGUGGCAGUAGUGUCGGGAAGCGGUGGCUGCAUUCACUGGAUCACUACCGCCGCUUGAAAGACGAGGACCCGAUCAUUCCCUUCAGUGAGGGGCCCAUUAUCUCCAAGUGGGGCGCCAUAUCCAGGGCGUCACGCACGGGCUACCACACCACUGACCCCGUCCAAGCCACAGCCUGCCAAAGCAGCGCCAGCACCACACCCAUCAACUUUAAAGAUUACAACCCCCACUUGGAUCACAGUGACUACAGGUGGAGUUCCAGAGGAUCAGACUCCUCCAGCCACUCCAGUUUCCUAGAGAGUGAGCAGCUGUGUGCAUCAGAGUUGCGUGGCCGUCGCACUUCAAUAAGCAGCGGAGAGAAAAUUGUUUCCGAUCUGCAGGCCCACCAGACCGCCUACGGCCAGGACCGGGAGCGGGCCGAGAGCGAACCGGACCCAGGCCGAGACAUUGAGCUGGAACUGUGCGCUCUGGACAUGGAGGAUUCAGACCACCAGGAGAUCAAGUCUCAGGAGUCUUUAGACCUGGCUACCCCACAGUCUCAGGAUGCUUCCCACCUCCUCCCACCUCCCUGCUCCUCUCCCCUCAUCUCAUCCCCUGUCGAGGAGCGCCCCCAAACAGAGGGUCCUUCGACAGAAAAGAUGGAUGCUCACCUGCUGAAAAAGAUGGCCUUCAGGAAGUCUCUGUCUCCUGGAGGGUUGGUCUCAGGAGGUCUGGGCGUAGGCAAGCUGGUGCUGCGGACUGGACCUUCUCGACUGGGGGACACUUCCACCCGGGCUUGUCCAGACACGCCCGGGACAGAGAUGCUGCUCAAUGGAAGCUAAGGGGACACAAAGUCAGACAGUGACCUGUAUCAAUGCUAGCGCUGAGCUGCUAGCCCACAACCAGAUCCUGGUUAAAGGGAAUACCAUUUAAUUCCAGCCUUCAUAUUUGUAAAUCAUAUGCCUAAAUAAAACUUGACAGAUAUGGGUCACCAGUCUGUGCUGCGCCACGCCGCAAGGGGCAAGAGAAAACACACUGUCCUGCCUCCUAAGUAGUCAUUUUCACCAAUAUAUAGCUCCACAGAGAAUUUAGUGAUUUCACUUCUAAUGCCUAAUAAGGAUCUGUAGAUGCUGAACUUGUCCCUGUUUGCAGUUUAAAUCACAUUUAGGAGAAAGGCUGGAGAUCUCACACCAUCUUCGCCACAUGAUUGCUCUCUCUACAUGUAUAAACUCCUGAGGUUUAUACUGUGCAUCGUCCAGUUUGUUGUCGUCCAUCACCGCUGACAAAUGCCACUUUUUCAGUUUUCAAGAUUUCUUUGAUACAGCACUGGUUUAUAACCCAGCACCACAUAGCUGUCCAAACAAAACUUCACACAAACCUGGCAUUAUUUAUCCCCUUUUGAAACUUUUUGCCACCUUACGGAUAUCUGCCAAUUAUUUUUCUUUCUAUAUCUCUACAUGUUAAGGCAUUUGUUUAGCCAUUGGUUUAGUUUCUAGCUUUUCUUGUGUUGCUGCAUUACACAUUUUCAUAAGUAUUUCCUAAAACAUCAAAGAGAUAGAUGUAAUAAUACUGAGAGCAAAAAUGUGUAGGGCGCUCCAACGCUCCAAUAAAAUUAAAAAGGAAAAAACUGCAGGAAACAGAGGACUUCACUAUACUGAUAGUGAAACAAGCCUCUGUCCUUUAUAAGUCAUAUGAUUUAAAUGUUGACCUUCAAAUUCCCUUAACUGUCACAAGAUUACAGAGCACAAUGACACAGUCAUAAACUGAACCUGAUAAUGAUCAUUGAUCGCCGAAAGUCACGAAGGAUGAACAAAGUAAACUACUAUACUAGCUAUACUAACAUAUUUUCUCAGUUGACUCGGUCUGCAUAACUAAAGAAUACAAAGCAAUUCUUUCUGUGAAUAAAUUGUAUCUUGAGCUGUGGAUGGAGAUAAUUUAGUAGAUUUCUGUUCGAGCCACAUACACUCACAGUCAGCCUCAAAAACUGCUGUUUCAUCUUUGUGUGCCCUUAGUGGUACUGGCAUUUAACCCUGCCGACUGUAAGCGAGGACAGUCUCACAGCUCUCUCUCUCUUUCUCACACACACACACACACACAACUACACAAAAUACACGUGCGCACAAACUUGUCAUCCACACAUAGCAGACACAAACAUGCAAUACAGUGGCCUUUCUCUCCUUGGUGUUGUAUAAAACUUGGGCUCUACAAUGACGUUUGUCCACGCUCACUGACUGACUCCUGUCUCAUUUCAGAGGCGUGAUCUUACACGUAACCGUGAUCCGACAAACCGAACACUGGAAGUCACAUCUUUGUAAGCCCAUGGCUUUUUCUGUGCUUUUCCAGCCCAGUCACAUUCACGUACUGUGUAAACAAUAGUCAGAGGUCAUGCAUGAUUUCUCAAGCUGAGGCCUACAAAAAUGUGAGGGACACCAAAUUCUUGUGUUUCUUCAUGCUGUGUCUUUGUUUAACAUUUUAAAAAGUUUUGGUUCGUUUUAUUUUAUGCAUUGCUAACUUCUGUGAAGUUGUUCGUCGGGGUAUUUUGUAUCAGGAUCUUUGUUACUCUUGUUUUGUUUCUUAUGUUUUAAUUCACAUUGUCUGAUGUUUCUCUGUGUUUGCUGGCCACCAGAUGUGCUGUCGUCAGUAAAGUCCACCAAAGUCUAGUUCACUGUUAUUUUGUGCAGUAUGGGUGAUUUCCAUACAGACCAGCCUUGCCUCACUCCCUUUUAUAGAUAUGAGGCAUCUCGUCAUGUGUGGUUUAGUCUUAAAGACCUUAGCAUUAAACAUUAACCCAUCUUAUAUACACAGGAUUUAAAGUCAUGGAGACUCCACUGAGUUUGUUUACACCCGCUCUAAAUCUUAUGAGAUUUGUGUAGAAAGAAAAAACGGAGGGUUAACUAAUCUUUUGCGUCUUUCAAGUUCCCUCUUUGCUUUCCUCUCACCUAAGCUACUGUACUGUCUCAAAAACUCCACAAGAGGCAAGUAGCAGCAUCCUUCCCCUCAAGUUAUAUCUUAAAUCCCAUUUUAGAGGAUGGCAGAAUGGCUGUACAAAUGAGGAAAGGUUUUUGAGUUACAAUUUGAAGAGAACGAACACUGAAAUGAUGGACUGGUGACCUUCUUGGGGUUUCUGUCUUAUCUUCCACCCUACUGCUGAGAGAAGCGGGUAGAGAAAACGAAGAACUGGACUGAACAAUUCAGCGUGACUUGGAUGUGAUAAUACCAUUUUGGAGAAAUGUUUUGUAGUGUUAAUUUCUGACCUGUAAAAGGCAAGAGCUGGCGCAGGGAUUUCAGCUGCUCCAAGUCAUGAAAUUAGCCUCAGCUACCCACUGUCGCUCUGCAUCUGUUUACAACUUCAGCUUUGAAGUCAUGUAACGUUAAGUGCCAUGUUGUGUACAGUACAGUACAAUCAAUCCCUGCAAUGUUCCUAUAGCUUUUCAUAUUCCUCAGCUGUACACUUAUGCGAGGAGGGAAAGGCUCAGUCAAGUGGAGGAGUUAAGACACUUCUCUUGUAAUUCUACUUUGUUCCAUUAGAGGAAGCUAGAUCCUUGUCUGUCUGAAUCGCUCAGGGAAGACUUAAGUUGCUCAGCUAGUACUUUGGCUUUUUCUAUAUUCAUCACUUUAAAUAUUCUGUGGAAGUAUUUACCUGAAUUUCACUUGUUGAUAACUGAUCCUUUCACCCAGAGCAAAAUGGGAUAAAGUGUUAACGAUGAUUAUAAUGUUUGCCAGUGUUUACUUUGCCAGUGUUUUCUUUUGCCUCUCAGUAUCAAUAUUGAUUUUGCUAUUCUAGCUCUCAUGGGAAAGGGCUGGGCACUACUGUAUGUAAAAACAGUAUUGUGAGUAUUGAACUUAUGUCAAAGUGAUACUCCCUGUUUCCUUUAAAAGUGUCUAUUGAGCACUGCUGUAGUGGCUAAUUGCACUGCACUAAUUUCCACCCCAUCACUGCCAGCAGGUGUACUCCAAGUGGGGUGCCCGCCCCCCCCCCACUCCCACCCCCACCCCCACCCAUCACCCCACGCCCCCCCCCCACACACACACCCCCACCCCACUUUCCUUCACCCCACCACCUCUGUCCUCCCUGCAUCCUGCCUCAUGCAUGUGAUAUAGUCCCUCUUGUAAUGGCGGAGGAGUACUGAUGAUUCUGUAGUUGUGAUACAACACACCCAGCGCUGUAAGAGUUCUGCACAUGCCCACUGUGUGGCCACGUCAAGUGCUGAAGUUUGCUUGCAGCAUUUUACUUGUUUGCUCAUGAGAAUUAAUUAUUGUUUAAUAGAGAUUAUAUUGUUAUUACUAUUAUUGUUAUGACCACAUUUGGUUGUUGUUGUGGUAUUUUUCCUUCUUAGUAUAUUCUAAGUCUGCUUCUCUGUUUUGAAUUUGAGAGUUUGCUGAAACUGUUGAAAUUUUUUAUUAGACAAGAAAGUGUCUCAUCAUUCUAUAUUAUAUGGGAAAAAGCUUGUUUGUUGAUUGUGAAACAUGAUGAACUGAUGUUUUCUGACUAUUCAUGUCUGUAUUAGACAUUUUAUUUGCGAAUCUAUUGUUCGAUUGAAAUGUAAAUGAACUAUUAAGAGAUGGUACACAUCCGUCAUUGUAUACAGUCUGGCACCAUCAUUAGAUGGACUUAUAGUAUAGACGCUCAUUUAUACAACCUGUGAUAAUCAGCUAUAUUUAAAUGUUUAAAUCAUUGGGGCAGUUGUGUAAUGUUUCAGAAUGAGGAAAAUAAAAUCCUUAAGAGACAGCAUAUCUAAAAUGUCCCCAUAAUGAAUAAUACUGUUACGUAUUCCAUUUAUUUCCUUGGAAAUAUCACAUUGUGAAAGGUUUCCCUUUUACCUAACUGUUCGGUAAUGCAGGAAUGGAGUAGGUCUAACCUAUGGUGAUGAUGAUUAAUGUGCUAUUAAUGAUUGAUGGUUUAAGUAUUGUUUGACUGACUGACUGAUUCUUCUGUGCAUUUUCUGGCUUGUUCACCUGUAUUACACUGACUUACAGACAGCUUGGCCAAGCAGCAUACUGCUUCUGUGUUUGCACUGAGAGAUGGAAUUACGAAAAGGAAGAUUUUAGCACUUGAAAUUGCAUGCUACAAUAAACCGACAACUGAUUAUG